AUGGUGAAAAGAGGUCGGAGCGGCGGCGUUUCAAAUCGGCGAUUAGUACACUUAGUUAACGAUUCAUAUGAGAAGGGAUUAAAGGCGGAGGAGAUCGCCGAUGAGAUCUUGGAGGACCGUGAAUGGGCUCGAUCGAGUCGUCACAUAGUCUUGCUUAAUGUCAACAAAAUCCUCCGAUCAAGAAAUUUUGGGAAAAAUGACGAAGAGAAGAGCAAUAAAAAGAAGACAAAACCGUCUCCGAGAGCUGCUUCACCGUCUGGUUCGUCGUGGUCGGAAGCUUUCGAAGGAAACGGAAAUGUAUCAGACGAUAAUGAGACACAGAACAUGAAAGUUGUCGGAGGAAGAAGUAAUGUAAGAAGAGGAGGAGAUGAUGAAGCUAAGACAUUUAAGGAUCUUGGUGGGUUAAAGGAAAUUUUGGAUGAUCUAACUGUUUGUGUGAAAGUUCCAUUGCUUUUUCCUCAAAUACACGAGCGUCUUGGAGCAAAGCCGAUUUCUGGUAUUUUACUUCAUGGUCCACCUGGUUGUGGCAAGUGCACACUGGCUCGAGCCAUAGCUAAUGAAACUAAUGUUCCUUUUUAUAUGGUCUCUGCUUGUGAAGUUGUUUCUGGGAUUUCUGGUGAAUCCGAAGAGAAUAUCAGGAAUCUCUUUUCGAAAGCGUAUAGAACCGCUCCUUCGAUUAUAUUUAUCGAUGAGAUUGACGCAAUUGGAUCGAAGAGGGACAAUCAGCAAAAGGGUAUCGAGACUCGGAUGGAAAAAGAGAGGAGAGUUUCUUCAGGUGGUGAUGACAUUUCGGGUUCUGAAACUAGCGGUCAUGUUAUAGUUAUUGCAGCUACCAACAGGCCUGAAGCUCUUGAUCCGGCUUUGAGGAGGUCGUUAAGAUUCGACAAAGAGAUCUAUCUCGGUGUGCCAAAUGAGAAAGCAAGAGCAGAGAUUUUCUCUUUGAUUACACGUAAAUGUCGUCUUGAGAUAGGUUUUGAUACUGCAAGGAUUGUUCGUCGGACUUCAGGAUUUGUCGGAUCAGAUUUCAAACUUUUGGCUAUGGAGGCUUUAAAUGUGGCGACAAAGAGACUUUUGGAUUCAAGAGCGUCAGAACUUUUAACCGACAUUGAUUCUUUGAUGCAUCAUGAGCCAUGCCCAUUUCCAAUAGAAGUGACUGAGAAUAUCUUUUACACUACCUCGGAUUUCGAGGAAGCACUGAAAAAAGUUAAACCUUCGUUAGCAAGAGAAGGAUUCUCUACUACUCCUAGGCAACGUGGGAAGAUAUUGGCGGUCUCGAUCAUCUAA